AUGAAUCCCCGAACACGCUUGUCUGAUGUCGAGGCUGGGGAAAGGAGGAGACCUAGCUGUCGCUCAAAUCGACGCGAGAAUCUGAAUAGCAUCUACAGCGUCCCGGAUUAUCAUCCUACUUACUUGUUCGUAAAACUAUUUGUUACCGGUUGUCGAGAUGCGAUCAUCGUUCACCUGGGCACUAGCCCUCGCAGGAGCUGCUUCCGCAAAGCCUACGCAGACAACCUCGCAGGCAACACAUACCGGACACCAUGCGACUUCAACACCCGCAAACGCAUGUGCCGUUGCACAAGCAGCCGCAGAGUCGUUCCUCUCAUCCAGACCCAGCGCAACAGCAGCUGCGAUAAAGCCUUCAAUCGCCACCUUGGAGCCCCUGGCGAAUCCUCCGAAAGGCUAUCUGUUCCCGGUGUGGAUGUUAUUGAGGGACUCGGCCAGAUCCGAGCCCGUGUGAUGAAAGACAAGUACAAGAGCCAGAUCGAGUUUGCGCUCGAUAUCAAGCGGCUGUUUACCCAAGCUUCUGAUGGCCACUUCAACUACAACCCGGCCCUUCUCAACCUCUUCACGUUCCGCAGUCUGAACAACCUUGUUUCCGUUUCUGAUGACGGUCUCAGCGUUCCGAGAGUGUAUCUCAUCAGUGACUUCCUCAAGUCUUAUGUCAAUGACACUGAUGUCUAUGAUAUCAAGAGCAUCGAUGAUGUCCCAAUCACUGAGUGGCUUGAGGCGCAGUCUGCCCGAGUCCUCACCCAGGAUCCUGACGCCAAAUACAACUCCCUCUUCAACACCAACCCUGCCACGGAGUUCCAAGGUGUUGGCAACGAAUUUGUUUUACGCUUCCCUGGGCAUUGCCCGGACAAGCAGGUGAUCAAGUUCACCAACGGCACCGAGUACGUUGAUCAGCUCGUAGCCAUUGUCGGUGAAUCGUUGGUCGAGUAUCUCAGCAGUGCCGAGGCCAUUCACUCCAAGGUGGAGCUGCCCCCAACCAGCACCAGCUCUGUUGCGUCCUCCUCGUCCGCUACGUCCUCAUCCACCUCCAGCGCAACACCUACCACGACCCAGAUCCCGGGAUACCCGUUGCCAGUGUCCAAGCACGCCAGUGACUGGAUCUCUACGUACUUCCUCAACGGUUCCUAUGGGGACACCGCCGUCCUAGCCGUGUCUUCUUUCGCUCCGUCCGAUAUCGACACUGCAAACAGUACCUUUGAAAUUGCUGAGGCUAGACGUGUUGUUGAUGUCUUCCUAAAGAAGGCUAAGGAGGCAGGCAAGAAGAAGCUCGUCAUCGACCUCCAGGCCAAUGGUGGUGGAUUCAUUGCCGCGGGUUUCCAGCUCUACAACCAGCUUUUCCCUAAGACCACAGAUAUCUGGGAUGGAAACCGUAUUCGUGCUCACGAGGCCUUUGACGCUAUUGGACUGACCGCCCAAGAAGCUUCUCCCGAUACUCUGGCAGACUUGGUUUCGAACGUACUCAACGAUAAGCUUGAGCCCUUCAAUACUUGGGAAGACCUCUACGGCCCGGAAGUGAUUGCCGGACAGAAUGUCACAAAUCUAUUGCGCUACAACCAGACUCGCAUUGGGUACCCCAAGAGCACCGGGGACCAGGUCUUCCUGCCAGAAAACAUUGUUGUCAUCACCGACGGCAUCUGCGCCUCUACUUGCACCAUCUUCACGGGUCUCUUGGUUAGAGAACAGGGCGUCCGAACGAUUGCCUUGGGAGGUCGCCCAUCGGAGGCUCCGAUGCAAGCCAUCGGCGGUGUCGAGGGUUCAGAAGUCCUCGACUGGCCGUCUUUGCAGGCUGCUAUCAUGCAGGUUGCCAGCGACGCCAUUGCUGCUAACGAGACCGAUAUUCUCGAGGCAGCAUUUGAUGUCCUCCCUGACCUGGGCGACCCUCCUCUGCUUCCCACUCUCGCCAAGUCAGGUGGCAGUUUUAACUACCGUAACGCUUACGCUCGUAAGCGUCCGGAUGGGUUCCCAGAGCAGUUCAUUUAUGAGGCUGCCAACUGUCGUUUGUUCUACACUUCGGAUAUGCUUACCAACAUUACCGAGAUCUGGACCCGCUCCGCCGACUCUGCAUGGAACAAGGCCAAGUGCGUCGCCGGAUCGACUGUCAGCAAUGACGGUAUCAUCAGCAACGACAUUCUGCCUUACAGUGACAAGGUAAUUGGCAUGAACUUGGAGUACAAGGGACCUGGUAGCCUGUCGUACAAGGGCCCCUACGAGCCUCCUUCUCCUUAUGUCCAGAAACACACCAACAGCAAGCGUUCCAUUGUCGAGCAGCUCAAUGUUCCCGAGAACUUUGUCUAUGAACCCACCAAGCACAAGAUUGGUGAUCUGAAGGAGUAUCUUGCUCAGAACAUGCCGGAAGACUUCAAAUACGAGCAGAAGGAUAAGAUUGCGAUCAGCCACACUCACCUUGACCGGGCAUAA